AUUGUAAUUUUCUUGUACGAUAUGAAGCUAAGCAGUCUUUGAUUCGAUUCACGGCGAUCUUUCACGAUUUCAAGUUCGAUCCUUUUCAACUCAAUUCUCGGAAUCCUCGAGUUGCCGGCCGAACCGUUAAACGAUGUUUCUUGUGGAUUGGUUCUACGGCGUUCUUGCUUCCCUUGGUCUCUGGCAGAAAGAGGCUAAGAUCUUGUUUCUCGGCCUCGAUAAUGCCGGAAAAACCACCUUGCUGCACAUGUUGAAAGACGAGAGAUUGGUUCAACAUCAGCCAACUCAGUUUCCCACAUCUGAAGAGCUUAGUAUUGGGAAAAUUAAGUUCAAAGCUUUUGACUUGGGUGGUCAUCAGAUUGCUCGCCGAGUCUGGAAAGAUUACUAUGCUAAGGUUGAUGCUGUGGUGUACCUGGUAGAUGCCUAUGAUAAAGAAAGGUUUGCAGAAUCAAAGAAAGAACUGGAUGCACUCCUUUCUGAUGAGUCCCUUGCCAAUGUCCCGUUUCUUAUACUAGGAAACAAGAUCGAUAUACCAUAUGCUGCCUCAGAGGACGAGUUACGAUACCAUCUUGGCCUCACAAACUUUACCACCGGCAAGGGGAAGGUAAACCUAGCAGACUCAAACGUCCGUCCACUAGAGGUAUUCAUGUGCAGCAUUGUCCGUAAAAUGGGUUAUGGAGAUGGCUUCAAGUGGAUGUCUCAAUAUAUCAAGUAGAAAAAAUGGUUACAAAGAUGCAAUAGCAAGAUGUUACAAGGCUGGUAAACCCCAAUUCCAUCUCAUAACUCCCAACUUCAGGGGAAAAAGGGUUGUAUUAAUCAAACUGUUAGAAACUAGCCCCUAAGUGGGUUUUAAUUUGAAUGUAUUUGGUUUUGAAUCUGUGUGG